GCAGCUACCUUGUCAAUGAGUGUUAUUUCUAAGAGCUGGAAGCAUCAUAUAAGCCUCUAUUAUCCACCUUUCCCAUUUGCGGGAGACACCCAGGAGCAGCAAAACUCCAUCAGAGAGAAAGGAGCUGCUGCAAUGCCUUCUCUCCUCCCAGCAUCCUUGGGCCUCUUCUUCUCCAUCUUCCUACUGGCUUCCAGCUCUGCCUCUGAAUAUGACACUGUGGUGGUGACCAGCAGCGGCCCUAUUAAAGGCAAGCGAGUCCCGGCUGACUCUGGCUCCACAACUGCCUAUCUUGGUAUCCCUUAUGCUGAGCCCCCCGUGGGGAAACUGCGUUUCCAAAAGCCUCUUCCCCAUCAGUCGUGGAGCCAUGUCUUGGAGGCCACCAGCUUUGGAAAUGCUUGCUUCCAGAAGAGUUUUUUUGCCUCGCCUUUCAACAACAUGUGGGUUGCCAAUGGGCCAUAUUCAGAGGACUGCCUCUUUCUCAACAUCUGGGUGCCUCACCCACGGCCCUCCCUGCCAGUUCCUGUCCUCAUCUGGAUACAUGGUGGGGGAUUUGUUGCUGGUGCAGGCUCCCUGGACUUGUACAAUGGAGCAUGUUUAGCUGCUGCUGAGAACGUGAUUGUGGCUUCCAUGAAUUACCGGCUAGGGAUCCUGGGCUUUCUCUUUUUCCCACCGGAUGCCCCGGGGAAUGUGGGACUGUGGGACCAACAUCUGGCUCUGAAGUGGGUAAAGGAGAAUGCAGCUGUCUUUGGUGGGGAUCCAGCUCAGUUGACCCUCCUUGGCCACAGUGCAGGAGCAGCUUCCGUGGGUUUCCACCUCCUCUCACCAGCUAGCCAACCCCUUUUUGCCCAAGCAGUGGUACAGAGUGGAGCUCCCAAUGCCCCCUGGGCUUGGAAGCACCCUGAGAAUGCCAAGAUGGUCACUUUGCAUGUGAGUAGCUUGCUGGGCUGUGGUGAACAAAAUCACAGCGCAGUGGUGAGCUGCAUCCAGGAUAAGGAAGCUCAUGAGGUGUUCUACGUUUGGGACCGUCUCUUCUCACCCACCACAGAUGGGGAUUUCCUUCCAGGUGAGCCAAAGAAACUUCUGCAGACAGGGCUCAUUCAGGUGAAACCACUGCUCAUAGGCAUCACUGGCGAUGAUGGGUCUGUCUUCAUAUCUGCUCCCACAGGAGAGGGUGGAAUCCUGACCUGGGAGCAGCUCCUGCAAGGGAUUAGUAUACUGCUGCGAAAGCCUUAUAAUGACGAUGUCAAGACUGUAGCCGUAAAGUAUGCUGAAGAGGGCCACGGGCCAGAACAGUACCGUCGGGCCUUGGCCCAAUUUGGCAGAGACUAUUUCUUUGUGUGCCCCAUGGCUGAAGUUGCUGGAAAGAUGGCAGGAGGUGGGAGCCCUGUGUACGUCUACUCCUUCAACCACCACAUUUCUGGCUCCAUUUGGCAGGAGUGGAUGGGUGCAGCCCAUGGAGUUGAGGUGCCUUACCUCUUUGGAACCUUGUCAUCACUACCGAGGGCAAACCAAACAAACACUGAAACUGAUGCCGCUUUGAGCCACAAGGUCAUGCGGUACUGGGCUGAGUUUGCUAGAAGUGGGAAUCCCACUGGGACCUCCAUGUCCAAUGAGGUGCAGUGGCCACUCUACAAUACCACAGAGCAGAAAUUCUUCCACAUUAGCACUGAGGCACCUGAGGUCAGGCAGAUCUCUCCUGCCCACCACUGCGAUAUCCUGGCAGCCCAUAAAUUCAACUCAACGCACACAAAAAAACCCCCAAAAGAGUCUGCUGUACCCAUUUUGGAGAAAGACAUGAAGAAUGAGACCAGAACUUAAAAAAUAAAACAAAAUAAAAUGGCAGGAUGCAAAACUAGCUUGCAUCAAGUGUGAAUGGAAUGGAGAUGGUCAAGACGUGCCUAGAAACACUGUAGCAAAGCUGAGCCCACACUUUGAGGGACUGGUGGCUAUUUGCAACCCCAAUGCUGCUACACACUGUGAGACAAUGCUGAAUGAGAAAAGAAACUGAAUGUUGGGAAAUGAAGAGGAUCAGGACAAGAUGGAAGGGAAUGGUGUGUGGAUACACCUUGUUGUCUGACAAAUCAACUGGAUCAUUGUUUUAAAAUGCCAUCCUUUUUUCCUCCUUCACAUUCAUAGGACUACAAUGCUAAUUAUAAGAAUAAUACACAGCCAUGUGAUCAGCAGCCAUUAAUGAGAGUGGGCUCUUUUUUAAUCACUUUUACUUUUCUCCUGUUUUGCAAAGGACAGCUUAUUUGGCAGCCUCUUACCAUGAAUGCUUUUCACUUCUUGCAUUUUGCAAAGCCCCCCCCCCUAUAUGGAGGAACUGUGUUUUGGGGCUAAUGGACAAUUCAUUUCUCAUUGGAAUACUUCUGAGUAUGCAGCACCUAUGUCCCAAUGUGCUUUAGGGAGGGAACUUCAACUUGGUGCUGAGCAAAGGGGGUAGAGGAGGGAUACACCCCUCUGUCCCUCCUGCUGGCUGGCUAGCUUAACAUGACCAUCAGGAUUGGUAUGGAAUUCAUUGGGAUCUGUGGGUAUCUGCAGGAUGAUGUUCUCUGGGCACUACCCAACUCACAAGAUUUGUGUGGGGCUUUCUGUGACAAGUUUAAGAAAGAAAAAGAAAAAAGAACUACUGCUGCUGUUGCCACUACUGCCAAUGAUAAACUCAAUCUAGGAAUGAAUGGAUCAGCCCAUUUCUCUUCCUGUCAGUCCCCACCUGCAUUAUACAUUUAAAGCAGGGCUGGCGCCAGGCAUGCCCCGGGCACUGGCACUGGCACACGCACGUAUGCACGCAUGCACACAUGUUCCAUUCCUAUCUUUCCCUUGGUGAAUGCUGCCUACACUGUGUGUGUAUGCCUGCCAUCAACCAAGAUGGAGGCUGAGGCUUCCCUAAGGGACUGAUGCCUCCGCCGCCAUCUUGGUUAAUGGCAUGUGUGUGUGCUACAUGCGCGCAUCCCUGCCAUCAUCCAAGAUGGUGGCAGGGGCAUCAGCCCCUUAGGGAAACCUUGGCCGCCACCUUGGUUGAUGGCAGGCUUGCACACAGCGCAAUCAGCAUUUACGUCAAGGGAGAAGUAGGUGGGGCAUGCAGGCGGGCGUCACAGGCCUGUGCGGCAGUAGGGCAGGUGCCUGGGAGCUGCCUUUCACAAUCCGUGGCAGGAUCAGCAGCCGACUCUGCCACAGCUUGCUGAAGGGAGCGCUACCCACCCACCCUAAGGAGGGGCCCUAGGCCAGAGCCCAACCUGGCCUCCCUCUGGCACUGAUUCAAAGUACUGUCAUACCACUUUAAACAGUCAUGGCUUUCCCCCAAGUAUCUGUAGUUAACAGUGCUGAGAGUUGUUAGAAGCCCCUAUUCCCCUCACACACCUACAAUUCCCAGAGUUCCCUGUGAAGAGGGACUGACUGUUAAACCACUCUGGGAAUUGCAGCUCUGUGAGGGGAAUAGGGAUCUCCUAACAACCCUCAGCACCCUCAACAAAUGACAGUUCCCAGGAUUCUAUGGGGGAAGCCGCAACUGUCUAAAGUGGUAUGACAUUGCUUUAAAUGUAUAGCGCGGGUGGGGGCCUCAGUUUUACAACUUUGUUAUAGGUCUGUUCUGCUGUUUUUUACAGAACAUAUUGAGUGCAUAUUGUGUGUAUUGUUCUUCUAAAAUAUGGACUUUCUAUAGAUUUGCCCCCAUAAAUAUGAAUUUUAGUUUGCAUUAUUUGAACUGAAACUGCCUUGCAAAAUUCAGAGAAGUGCAUAAUCUGAUUGAUGACUGUGCAUAUCCAUCUUCAUGAACUUUUCAAGAGUUCUCGAAGGCCCUCCCCCCACUUUUGAGCCAAAAUAUCUCAUCUGAGAACUUUCAGAUCAGCCUUAAUUUGUUAUUUUUCUGGGUUUAAUGUUUGAUACUUUCUCACUUUAUUUAGUCUGUUUCUGUUAUUACUUGAACCAUUAUGGAAACCUGUUGGGGAUUGAAAAGUGGAAUAAAAAUGUAUCAAUUGGAAAAAAAGUCCUUAAAAUGUUUAAAUGCAAUUAAAAUUUGUUUGAUUGCAUUGACUGCAGGCCAGCACAUCUAAAACUAGAUGUCAGCACAUCAUCAUGUAUAUCAGGGGUCACCAAUAUGAUGCCCAUGGGCACAACGACACUCUUGAAGUCUUCCCCUGGUGCCCAGGAAGCCUCUGGCUCCCUCCCUCCCUCACUGCCCCCAUGGUUGAGGUGGUGAGGGUGGCUUCUGUUUUGCUCCCUUGAAAAGUACAUAGAGCUGAAAAGGGAUGAGUGACACUCUUCCUCUUUCUCCUUCAGCUCUAGGUGCUUUUCAAUACUCUGAUUAAUUCUUCUGGAUCCAACUUCUACCCAGAUCUAUAGAGUCAGUGUGACACAUCAGUUUGGUAGUCCCUUGAUGAGUUUACUCCUCCAUAUCAGAGCUUGGGAAAGUUACUUUUUUUAAAACUACAACUCCCAUCAGCCCCAGCCAGCAUGGCCACUGGAUUGGGCUGAUGGGAGUUGCAGUUCAAAAAAGUAACUUUUCCAAGCUCUGCUCCAUAUUGUCCAGUUCAACUGACUCCACGUCCUGACAUUACUAUUUGCAGUUCCCCAUGCCCCACCCCCCAAUCAGUUGGGACAGGGAAAUGCCCACCACAAGUGACAUCAGGAUGUAAGGCAAGUUGAACUAGGCAUUUUGAGGAAUGAAUGACAAUACAAAUCUGUCACUUUCAGUGGCAGGGCCAUCUUCUUUGUCACAUGUCUUCCCCUGGAAAGACUCCAGGUGAAGUCCAGACAUAUUGAGUUAGCAUCAGCAUCAUUUUUCUUGACAUAUUAGGACCAGAUUAAUGAACUUCUUGAUUGUUCAAGCACAAGUUACAUCCUCCUUGUCUCUGCCCACAUUGGGUUCUCUUUGUUCAUGUGGAUGGUGGAACUUGUCUCUUGCUCUUUCCCUACCUUUUUAUCUGCUUUUCUUUGUUGCAGUUCAAUGGUUUCUAGAAAUGCUUAUCAAAUGCUCCUGCAGCAACUGAAAUCUUUUGGAAGCCAGUUAUUCCCACUCACCCCUAGUACAGAACAUUCUGUUGGUUUGACACAUAUGAAGGAUGUUCUGUUUGCCAGAUCAGUUUGGGUUCUUCCCAAAAACAAGGAAUGCAUAGCAAACAUUAAGUUUCCAGCUGAUUGGAUUCCAGAGAGUUGGGGAUGGCUAAAAAAAGGCGACUUCUUAAAUGUCAUUCCAAUGCCCUACAUCAAAAACAAACCUCUCUGAGCUGCUUCAAAUGAAACUAAGGUCACACAAUAUAUUCUGGAUUGCUUUGGUUAAGCUUUGUGUAGUUUUAGUUCACAGACUGCGUUUGGCACAUUUAACAGGUAAGGACAUAUCUGCACCAUACAUUUAAUGCAUUAUUAUAACACUUUAACAGAAAUGGCUUCCCUCAAAGAAUCCUGGGAAUGGUUGUUUUUUAAGGGUGCUGAGAGGCGUUAGGAGUCUCCCAAUUCUUGUACAAUUGCCAGAAUAGUUUAAUAAUCCAUCCUUCUUCCCAGGGAAUCAGCAGCUUGUGCAUGCAUGCUACUUCGAAGGGUGCUUUUUCACAGGUAUUUAAUCAGCUGGUGAGCGGGGAUUAAAUCCUGCUAUCUCGGGUGUGUGAUCGGGAAACAAGAUAGUGUAAUGAAGGCAGGAUUAAACCCUGUCCUCCCACCCAUCAGCAGACAUUAUAUGGUGGGCACGAGGGCCUGGUUUGUGGGAAAUAGUCUUACGGGCCAAAUUGGACCCCUUGGGAGGCUGUGAUUGGCUGAGGGGCUGGAGGUCCCCACCCUGCUUAAAUAUAUAGUGCUUUAAUAAAAUGUGGCCUUAAUAAAAUGUCGCUUUGGAGAGCUA